AAAAUUUAUGCGGCAACUGUGGCUCGAUUAUAUGUUGCAUAUCCAAAUCCUAAUAAAUGGGCUUAUUCUAAUAUUUGGGGUGCUGUUACAUUUCUAAAAGAUAAAAAGAAGCACUCUUAUUACAUUCGAAUUAUUGAUUUAAUUAAUCAUAAAGGCGUUAUCUGGGAACAAGAACUUUACGAUGGUUUUGAGAUUACGAAACAUACACCUUUCUUUUUUUCAUUUGCAACUGAUGAAUACAUGGCAGGUUUGUCCUUCACAGAUGUAGAUGAUGCAAAUGUAUUUUAUACAAAAAUAACAACAAGGGAGACUAUGGCUAGCACUAAAAAAAGAAAAGAAACGAGCGGUAAAAAACCCAAAGGAAAAGUAGAUAAAUCUCAGAUUGGUCUACCAUCUGAAUUUCGACAUUUAGGACAUAUUGGUUAUACACCUGAUAAAGGAUUUAGGGUACAAAAUACAGGACCUGAAUGGAAUGGUUUAUUUGAUCAGUUAAAAGACCUUGGUAUUUCACCACAAGAAAUACAUGAAAAUGAAGAUUUUAUAAAGGAAUUCGUAAAUGAAAGAGGAGGUCCUCCUCCUGCACCCCCUCCACGGCCCUCAAUGAAUAGUAAAACUCGAAUUCCACCACCACCACCACCACCUUCACGCAGACCUGCUCCUCCUCCUCCUAUUGGUGGUAAGACUUUUUUUUUUUUUUUUUUUUUUUUGCGUCAAUUUAGUAUAAAAAUAUUAAAGCUCAAAAUUUUAUAG